AUGUCACAAGCAUCUGCAAGCCACACACAAAGCAACGUGCGAGAAAGGCUCGACCCACGACUUGACGUCCGCGCUUGCCUGGGCCCGCAUGGAAAUGUUCAUGAAAGGCUAGGCUCCCAAGGAGGUCAAACUGACAAUCGUCGCAAUGAGGAUCGUGAAGAGAGGCGCUCCGCUGCCCGCUCACAGAGAAAUAUUCACGAAAGGUUAGGCCCCCAGGGAGGUCAACUUGGUAACCCUCAUAAUGAGGACAGUGAAGAAAGGCACUCCACUGCCCGCUCUCGGAGAACCAAUUCUCGUCGCCAAGCUACAGAAAAUCCCUCGCAAGCGCAGUCCACCAAUACGCCUUCUAGGCAGCGCAAACGAGAGGGUCGACCCUCGCAGACCAACGAGGAGGUCAAUCAGCGUCACCCGAAUCGCGAAGGUUGCCAACAUGAUCGACCAACAAUGUGUGCGGAAGACGUUGAGAAGCUUGUGAAUGACCGACUUCAAGACUUGAAGACUGGCGGGAACCUCGAGGAUGCACUACGUAAGGAGAUGGACCAGGCGAUCUCUACUCCUUUCACCCCUGAAAUCAAGCAGGCUGCUCCCCCAUAA